AUGGCACCGGCAAGGCCUUGGCUUUCGAGAUGGCCAGAAAAAGGCCUCAACCUUGUCCUCGUCGACAGGGACUUUGACAUGCUGAGGCAUGUCGCUGCCGCGAUAAACGUAGAGGUGCCAGUUGCUGAGAUUGUGACGGUCGUCUUUGAACUCUCGCGCGAUAUCCUUGAGGGGCUUUGUCGGCUCCAGAAGGCAAUUGAGUGUCUGGAGAUUGGGAUUCUUGUGAACAACGCGGGGGUCUCCUAUGCCGUUCCAAAGUACCUGCACGAAGUGGAUGAGGAGACAAGGAGCUAGCGAAUGUCAACAUGGAAGCAGCGACGGACAUCAUGAGGCUGGUGUUCCUGGGAAUGCUAGGAAAGAAGGGCUUUCGUCAGCAUAGGCUCUAGGUCAUUCGUGAUCUUACCCCUUGUUCGCUGUUUUUACGGGCACCAAAGGGUUGGUGUUCUUUCUCGGUGUGUUCCCCAGACCGUGUUCAUUUUCUUCUUUUUCUUCUUUUUCUUGUUCUUCAACGUCGCCUCUUUCCCUCUCUCUCUCUCUCUCUCUCUCUCUCUCUCACUCACUCUCUCACACAGACGAUAUUGGGAUGGUUUGUCUGUCUUCUUGUUUCCGUGAUCUUGCCGUUUCCCUCUCAUUCUGUAUCUCUAUGUAAUCUUCCUUCAUCUCUCUCGUCCCCUGGCUCAACAUCCCUGCCACUCUGCCAUCGUACGCCUUAUUCUUUAUUUCAAUUUAUCUCUGUUUUCGUUUUCUGUCUCAGUCGACCAUUUUUCCUGCCGCGUUUCUGUCUUCGAUUAGCUUUUUCUCCGCCUUCUUUUUCUCCCUUUUCUCCUUUGUAUCAGUGUUGACAAUAUUCACUGUUAUUUUAUUUUAACUAAGGUUUGUGAACGGUUUAUCUAAAAGUUUGCACCACGAAUAUAAGAAUCAUGGCGUUGAUGUGCAAUGCCAGGUAGGCCUAUAUUCUUUUUCUCCAAAUGAGAUUUGCUCAUUCUAUUGUAAAAGUUCAUAAGCAUCGAGAUACACGUAAUAUGUCAGUAGAAUUAGACCUAUCUUUUAAACUGAAAUCAUAAUAUUGGAAAAAGUAAAUAGUGACGCUAGUAGCAUAAUCCCUACGGUUUCAUGUUUCCACCUUAUACGUAUUUUUCUAAAUAUUAUUCAACUGACUGAAUUAUUAAUUGUAGGGGAUUUUGUAAAGUGAAUGUAGAGAGACCUUUUAUAGGAAAUCUACGUUUUCUCUUUCCAAAUUGUUAAGUUUUUUUUAACUUGUUUCUUCUGUUCAUCAUUAUUAAAAUUCCCUCGCUCGCUGUAACAAACGCCCGACGAGUAUGCUGGUCUUACCAUACGUGCCAUCAGAUACGGGACAACAAUGCUCACCUACUGGCGUCAUUCCAUCCAGUGCUUUUUCGCUAACCUUAAUCUUGAAAAGUUUCUGAAUGCAUGGCUAUUACACUCUGCCCGCCGUAGAAGGUAG